AUGGACCUCUUUACCAAACAAUCGAAGGGUGAUCGCAGCAGUGCCAGUUCUUCUGUAUCCCAUUUCAACGCUACUACUCUACACUACCUGUCCCAUGUGUUCCGUCAAGGCCUUGGGCAAGGACACCAAGCUUGGAGCAACAGAAUGAUCCGGGAGUUUUUGCAAUAUUCUCAACGACAAACCGUGACGCCUGGUUCUGUCGAGCUGGCGGCAAGAGAUCUUCUCGAUGAAGAAAGCUUCUUGGUAUGGAUGGCAUCGCCCAACUGCAACAUCACCAGCCCACCCAAGGCAGAGGACUUGACAUGGCCUUUGGCAAGCUACUUCAUCAGCUCUAGCCACAACACUUACUUGACCGGCAACCAACUGUCAAGCGAUUCUUCCACGCAACCUUACAUAGACGCAUUGCGUCGUGGAUGUCGUUGCGUCGAGAUUGAUGUUUGGGACGGUAGAGCAUCCGUUGCAACAAGUAACUCGGAUAGGAGCGUCGAUGGAACUCAAAGGUCAAAGACUAGAUUUGAGCGCCUCUUCGACAAGGUGAAGGCCUCGUUUCAAGAUAAGCACGACGACGAGACCAAAGGGCGGGGGCUCGAGCUACGGAACACGACAACAGCUUCUUCAAGGACUUCUAGCAGCCACGGUUUAUUAUCUGAGAGAGACAAAGUCUUGGCUGUUGAGCCCCGAGUUCUGCACGGUUACACUCUCACUAGAGAGGUCUCGUUCCGUGACGUUUGCGUCGCCAUCCGGGACAGCGCCUUCGCUACCAACGACCUCCCUGUCAUUGUAUCUCUAGAAGUCCACUGCUGCGCUGAGCAACAACUUGCCAUGGUUCGUAUCAUGCGGGAGAUUUGGGAUGGCCCACUUCUAGAGGAACCUGAAGCUGAGCCCGUGGAGCUACCAAGCCCAGAUUCCUUGCCCAAUAAGUUGCUGAUAAAAGUCAAGUACGCGCCGCCUGAAGAGCCUGUCUCUGCUACAAGCAGUGACGAUGAAGAGGGAAACAAGUCUGUCACUUCAAACAAGAUGACCCAAGAGCUGAGCAGCAUGGGCAUUUACACUCGCGGCAUGUCUUUCAAGGCUCUCGACGCCCCAGAAGCAUCCAAUCCGAUGCAUGUUUUCUCAUUAUCGGAGACAAAAGCGCAAGACGCGCUGGAUACACAAGCCUACGAGCCUUUCAACCACAACAGAUAUUAUUUCAUGAGGACGUAUCCCAGUGGUGCCCGUAUCGAUUCGUCCAACAUGGAUCCGUCGAGCUUCUGGAGAAAGGGUAUUCAGAUGGUAGCUCUGAACUGGCAGACGUGGGAUACAGGAAUGAUGAUAAACCAUGGCAUGUUUGCAGACACACAAGGCUGGAUUUUGAAGCCUCAGGGAUAUCGCCCGCAUCUCCGUGGAAAACCAGCCUCAAACACAAUCAACACGAAAGACAUCAAACUCUCCAUCACCUUCUAUUCCGGUCAAAACAUCCCCCUUCCGAAAGGUUACACGUCCCCGCGGAAAUUUAGCCCAUACGUCAAUGUGGAACUUCACGUCGAAGUACCUGGCGACGACCACGGCGUCGAAAGCGAGACAUACGAGCGCGAGGAAAAGUAUACUGAUUUUACAACCUCACACAAAGGUUGCGAUAUCGACUUCCAACAAGACCACCUUAGUUUCCCGCACAUUAACGGUGUCUUGGAAGAGCUGUCGUGGGUGCGCUUUCAGGUCAUGGACGAGGGUUUCAAGUGGGAUGAGUUGGCAGGGUGGGCGUGUAUACGGCUGGAUCGGCUGGGAAAUGGGUAUCGGUUUGUGCAUCUGUUGGACAGUAAAGGGAUGCCAACAGAAGGGGUGAUCUUAGUAAAUGUUGAGAAGAUCGCAAUUUGA